UUGAAAGCAACGCCAAAUCUAUUGAUUGAUUGAUCAUGGGGAGGCCGGAAAACGGUCGGUACUCGCCCACCACCCACAUACGCAAAGGGCGGCACCGGUCCAGCUGGUGGCGUUUAUUUAUCAUAUGUGGAGAGUGGAUGGUCGUUCCGUGAGUGGGUGAAAUCGAGCUUUGGUGCUAUGCACGGGCCGUUGGUGUGAAAAUGUUUGAAACCGUUGAUGAUGGGGUGGUGGUUACCUGCCGAAGGUAGAAAGUUCAGAGUGUGGUGUGGAUGACCUCUAGAAGGUGUUGCGGUCUGAUUUUCCGAUUGGCGCCAUCACCGUUUGACAGCCUCGUUCCGCACGUUCAUCGGUAUAUAUAGUGAAGAAUGGUAUGGUUAGGUACAUUAGUAGGGGCCGCAAGUUCUAACCGCAGCAGUGUCCAAAAUGUUCCGAGCAUCGAUUGUUGUAGCGGUGGCUCUGGCGGGAGCCGUUCUGGCAUACGAACAGCACGGAUUUAUCAGCGAAGUCAAGCACGUCCCUUAUAAGUGGUAUGGCGGUGGCGCCCAAGGUGGCAUAGGGUAUGGUGACGAAGGGUACUACCAGGGUGGAAUCGGACUGGGUGGCGGCGAGGAUUACUACAGUUAUCCGAAGUACAAGUUCGAAUAUGGAGUGAAGGACUACAAAACGGGCGAUCAUAAGAGCCAGUGGGAGAUUCGUGAUGGAGAUGUUGUGAAGGGUGAAUAUACUCUGGAUGAGCCUGAUGGAACCAAACGUAUCGUUGAGUACCACGCCGACAGCAAAAAUGGUUUCGAAGCAAAGGUCAAAAACAUUGGACACGCAAUCCACGAAGGUGGUUUGGGCUUGGGCGGAUACGAAGGAGGUUACCACGGACAUGGAUACAGCUACAGCAAGCUGAAGAAGUACAAUUGA